GUUCGAUUCCCGGUCGGUGCAUUUUUGUUAUUAACUUCAUGAUAAAAAUUACCUAAAUUUUACAUCAAUGUAUCAAGCUUAAUUCUUUCUUAAGUUAAAUAUUUUUAUUACUAAUGUAUUUCCUACAAAAAAUUUAAAAAUCAUCAGAGUAAUUAAGAUAUAAUUUAUUAACUUUUAUUAAUUAUUAAAAAUAUCUUAUUCUUAUAAUUCAAGAACAAAAUUUGAGAUUUAUUAGUUAGAACCUUAUAAAUAGAAUAAAAAAAAAAAACAAAAAGAUAGGAAAAGUGUUUGUUAUGAGUAUUAGAUAAAAAAUAUUAUUUUCUGUAUUGCUACAGAUAUAUAAUUUAUGUUUAGGUUAGAUAGCAGAUAGCUGUAAUAGCUAAAGAGGUUACUAUUUUGAUUUUUCGCAAAAUUCAUGCUUGCAAUGCUAGAAUUCAUGUUAUAAUUGUUUAGAUCAAAAUAAAUGUUCAUCGUGCAAUUAUUAGUCAUUUUUGGACUACUAAACUAGCCAGUGCUAAAAUUAAUGCAAGUAAAGUGAGUAUUAAUCGAGCUUUUUUGGGGAAUGCCAAGAAUGUAAAAUUUAGAAUUGUCAAAUAUGCGAAUCAUCUUCUACUUGCAAAUAAUGUUAGUAAGGCUGGAGUCUAUCAUAAGAUUAAAAGGCGUGUCUUAAUAAUAUUUGCUUUUAGAAGGCAAAUUAUUUUUAUAAUCCUUCAACAUAGCAAUGCUUAUUAUAUUGUUAAGAAGGAUAAGAUGAUGAUAAUAAUAAUAGAGUUUGCAGUCCUUUUAUUUAAAUAGGUGAUUAAUAUUUGUAAAUAAUACCUUCUCACCUCUAUAGUAGCUGUAUUAUUUCGAAGCUUAAACUAUUUACUGUGGCAGGGGAAAAAUAACUGAUUGUUCUUUGUGAGGGCCAAAUCAUAUUUUAUAGCUUAGAAAGUUUGAUACCACUACAAGUGAUAAAUAUAAAUGGAAGCUUAAUAGAUGCUGUCUAAUAAGAUAAUUUAAUCUAUAUUUUGUUAAAAUCAAAUAACCAAGGUAUAGUUGCUACAUUAAAUCCUCUGAAUUAAGAAAUAAGCUAUUAAAAUACUUAGCUAAAAUGUACUUUAUAAUAAUUUAGUGGCUAAUAAAUUACUUGCUUUGAAGAAGAAUACAAAUUAACUUAAUUAGAUAUUUUCAGUUUAAAUUAAAUUAGUUUUAACUAUUCAACAGAUAAAAUAAUAAUAGUUUCAAGUUUUGCAUAAAAUGAUUUGCAAUAAAAUUAAUAAUAAUAAUAAAAUAGUGAUAGAAUAUUAGAGACAAGAAAUAAUAAUGAUGAAACAUUUUCUGAAAAAUAUUAAUUUAGAAAUCUAUAGUAAGAAAAAAUAAAUUUUGAGCCUUAGCCAAAUCAAGAUAAAAUAUUCAUAAAACCAUUAGAAAUUCCUUUUUUAUAAUAUUAAUAAAUUAAUUUAAAAAGUAUAUUCUAUUAAUUCAAAUCAUAUAAUGAAAUUAAUAAAGUAGUUGUUUUUAAACAAAACUUAAAUACAUUGUAUUAUAUGGAUGUUUCUAAUCCAAAUAAUCCUUUAUUAGCUGCUAAUUUAGUAAAUAUAACUAGUAUAGUAUGCUAAAAUUAAAUUAAUAAAACAAUUACAUUAGUUUUAUCUUAAUAAUAUACUAAUUAUUACAGUUACUUAGCAAAUAUACAGUAUAAUUUAUCAUCUUCUUAAUACUAUAUCGAAAUGAUAAGAAAAUUAGAUUAUGGUUAAGGAAAUUUGAAUUUAUGUCUUAUUGAUAACUAGACUCUUUUAACUGUUACUGCAAAUAAGUUAGGAUGCUAAAUUUAUAAUUUGAAUAAUUCAGAUACUAGUUUGUAAUUUAGUUAUAAUUUUACUAUGCAAAAUAAUUUAAUAAUAGAAUAAGCAUUAAUAAUUUAGCGUUCUUUCAUAGUUACUAUAAUUUAAGUUAAUUCAAUUAACACUUUAAUAAAAAUUGUUCCUUAUGAUCAAAAUGGAUUUUAAACUAAAAAUGCAAUAAAUUAUCAAAUUUCGAUCAAUUAUUUUGGUUAAGUUUCAUUAAUAAAGUCAUUAUUUUAUGAUUAAUAGAAUUAGAUAUUGUAUAUUUCAAAUUAAUAUGAAAUUGAAAUAAUAUCAACUGAUCCAAAAUAGCAAAAACUCUAUGCUAAUGUUUAAGGUAGUAAAAUGAUUUUAAAUUAUGGUAACUUAAUAGACCUUCAAUAUUCUGAUAUUGAUGGAGCCACGUACCUUACUUACCAAUUUGGCUUUAGCAUUAUCUAUGACGAUUUUAAAAAGCAACCAUUUUCAAAUUACAUUCAUACAUAGCUCAAAAAAUCAUAAAUAUUUGGGGAAUACUUUUUCUUGAUAAGCGACUAUAAUUGCAUAAUUGUUGAUACAAAAUAUAAAAAUAUAUUAACUUUUAACAUUGACUCCUCUAAUAUUACAAACUUAUAAUUUAAAUCAAAUACUUAUUAUGCUUUAGCUGCAUAUAAAAAUCAAAAUUCUUAAUACUUAAUUUUCAUUAUUUAAGGAUAUAAUUAAAUUUCUUCAUAUUAAUUUGCAUCUGAUCCAAAUUUUGGAGACUCAUCAUUUUUUUAAAUUGGCAACAGAAUUAUCUCAUAGCUCGAAUAAGGUAUAUUUAGAUAAUAUAUAAUUUAAACAUAAUAACUAUAAAAAGAGGAUUAGUUUACUGGUGCUACUUUUGAUAGCUAAAGUUUAAAUUAUUAAAUUGUCAAAAACUAAGGUUAAAUUAAUUAACUAAUUACUUUUAAUUAUGAUACUUAGUCUAUGAUGUAUUACGAUUAUACAACUUAAGUUAAUAUAUAUAUGACUAUAUGUAACUUAAAUACUUUUACUAAUACUAUAUAUCUAAGAUUUAGUUCUCUUUUAUUAUUUUAUAAUUUACUAAAUGGCAAAUCGCUAGAACUCAGAAUAUCUUCAAGUCAAAUAUCAUGCUUUACAUAACAAGCUAAGAAUUAUUAAAUCAUACUAUCAAAUGGAGUUUUAUAUAGAUAUAACUUAACUGAUUUUAGUAAUAUACCAUUAACCUCUUAAUAUUAAACUUUAAAUUUUUUUAUUGAUAAUCAAACUCUUUCUAACUUUCUAAAAAAUGAAAAAUAAUUCCUCGUUUUAAAUAUCAAUAAUAAUCAAACUGUGAUUUAUGAUGCAGACGCAAUGAUGUUAAAACAAACUGUUUUAAAUGUAGAUGGAGAUGUAAAAACAUACAAAACUUUUGGUUAAAAUUAAAUUGCUUUAUUCAAUAGUACAUAUGCAGCUACUAUUUAUGAUAACAUCAAUGCUUUUACUUCUGUAGAUUACAAUAUUGGCCAAUUAAUCUCUAACAGUCUUAUUUUCAUAAAAAAAUUUUUAGUACUUAAAUAAAAGUCUAAUUUAGUACUGUUUAAUGUGCAAACAAAGUAACUUUAGUACUUGUAUACUAUUUAAUAGGUAGGCAAUGAUCGUUUUAAUAGAUUCGUUAUCUAUUAUAAAAUAUGA